GGAGGGGGUGGUAGGUUCCGGACAUGGCCAUUUUGGAAUUCUCAUGAUCGUCGUAUCUACCAUUCGAACGUCGUCAGAUUCUGCUAUCUACCACAUCUAAAACAUGGAAUCAACUAAUGGGUUUUUUCCUGUUUGACAAUGGAAAAAAUCAUUAUUCGGACCUUCACAAGAAAUCCGAUUGACCCGAGAAAGUAAAGCAGCCAAAGCUUGAUAAGUGGCCCUGGUUGGCGCGCGGAGAAAAAAAAACGGAUUUUCUCAGACCAGAAACACGCCCUCUUUCCUGAUAUUUCCAUGAAGCCGAAACGACGAUGUCCCAAGAAGGGUUCGUCGUCGGAAUGACAAGAACCUCAAUAAACUGAAGGAUCGGUCAAUACGCUGGGGAUCGGACCAGACUGGCCAAGGCAAAUGAUCAAGGAAUCGGACGAGGACGAAAUUGGGGGGGAGACAGAGAACGCCACUGGCGUCACUGCGCAGCGGGCGCCAAAACGUUUCGCGGUUGCCCGCCCUGGUUUCGAGACCCCAACGGGCCAAGUCUGGAUGCUCUUAAGCACUGCAGGCAGCGUCACAGGCGGCGCUGGUGGCCCAGCUUCAGACUAUCUGGUGCUACCGGGUGAGAAGACACGGCCGCCAGGGGACACCAGCGAGGGUCUUUCUCCCAGCGAAGACCCUCUCGAAAGGGUCUGGACUACGCAAUGGCAUUCUGACUAUUGCGUAGAUGGUGGAGAUCUGCGUCUCCUUAGGCUCCGUUUCGGGUGGGCGAGAAGGUCUACUAGGAAGCUUCAAUCCGUCAUUGCGGGUGUUCGAAAACAGGGCAGUAUCACGAAGUUAUCGAUAAGGCUUUGGGAAAUUGAUGAGAUGAUGAGAUGGUGAGAUGGAGAUAGAUGGAUAUGCAGACUACGAGGUGUUGUCGGGUGGAUGGCUGUUGUGCAUCUUCCGUCGUGCCGUGCUUCCCAAUCACGUAUGAGUACUGCAUCGUACUCUACACAUUAUUAUUAUUCGGCAAUAAUUCGCCAUAGGUACAUACAUACAUACAUUGGCAUGUAUGUGGAGUGUCAAUUCGUACUCCUCGGCGUCAAAUAAAGGUGCGAACAAC